AUGGAUAUCCCAAUAGACUUAUGUCGAAACGUUCAAGUAAGAUUACCCAGAUCGACGUCGGAUUCAUUCGAAGCUACAGAAAUAGGCAAUGAAUUGUACAAACUGAAUCUUCAUAUUGUUUCCAUUGUUUUUCUACUCAUUGUCUCUCUUCUUGGUGCUUCAAUCGCCAUACUUCCAAUCUGUAUCAAACGUUUACAUAUACCAUCAAUAGUUAUUAAUACAGAAAAAUCUUUUGGCACCGGAAUAAUACUUGCUACCGCAUUUAUUCAUAUUCUGCCAGCAGCUAUGAGGAUAUUGAUAGAUGAAUGUCUGCCACAAAGUUGGAAAGAUUAUGAAGCUUAUGCAAGUUUAUUUGCCAUGCAACUCAUCGAAUUCAUUGCACAUCAUCAAUUACACAGAGUAACAGUACAAGAGACAAAAAUCGUCGUUGAAGAGGUUCCAGUACAAUCUACUACAAUACCUAUUGAAAGCAAUCAACAACAUGGUCAUAGUCAUGAUUUAUCACUACUACAAGAUACUCAUAAUCAUCGUGCCACUACGUAUUUACUUGAGUUUGGCUUUGCGAUACAUUCGGUUCUUAUUGGUGUAACGUUGGGCACAGAUGAUGGUUCAAGUUUUGUAGCACUUUUUAUUGCACUUUGUUUUCGUCAAUUCUUUGAAGCCGUUGCACUUGGUGCACAACUUCAAGAUAAAUCAAUAUUACCAACUAUUCUUAUGGUGAUAUUUUUCUCUCUUACUACUCUAGUUGGUAUUGCGAUCGGUAUUGGUUUUCAUUUGAAUACAUACAAUCCAAAAUCAGAAGCUUCAUUAGUGUCGACUGGUGUCCUUAAUUAG